AUGGCCUCCCGAGUCUUCGCCGACCUGGCUUUUGGCCCCAAGAUCGUCAUCCCUGCCGCACACGUCUUCUACGUCUCGCCUUCGGGCCUCUCGGCCGCCUUUGUCAACCUCAAGCCGCUGGUCAAGCACCACGUGCUGGUGGUACCGACCGCACCCGGCGCCCGGUUGACCGACCUCGCGCCGGAAGCCAUGUCCGAUCUCGCCCUCGCCGCCCAGCACGUCAUCAGCGUCUUUGGCACCCGCCUCGCAGAGCCAGGCGCUCUCGAGCCGCCGCCGUUUACCUGCGCUGUGCAGGACGGUGCCGGCGCCGGACAGACCGUCGCCCACGUCCACUUCCACCUCCUCCCGCGGACGCCGGGCGACUUUGACCGCAACGACGACGUCUACACUGCCCUGGAUGCUCCAGACAGCGAGCGCAUGCCUCGGUCCUUUGACGACAUGGCUGCCGAGGCUGCCGAGCUCCGGUCCUGGUUUGAGGCCGUAGAGCCCUCGCCAGCCGCCGCUGCACACACCCAGUAA